AAUGGGUUUAACAAUUGCCCUUAGGCGCCGCUUCAAGCUUUCAACGGAUCAUCGUUCCCAGCUCAAGGAUCACUCAACUAGCUCGCUCUUAAUUCUCAGGCGAUCCAGCUCUGGAAAUGCAGAAAAUGGCGACUUUCCAGAGGCUUUCCGGAACUUUCCGCGAGAGUUGUGCGAUUGCUAAAGCAACGAACGUUUUCACCAUCGGUGGUGGUCAGGCUAAGUCAGGUAAUGGAAUGAAUAUUUUCAAUGCAACUGCAGCUGAUGGAAAGAAUAAGAUGAAGGUGAUAUCACCAUGUAACUAUUUGCCAUUCAAUCAAAUACGACGUGGAACUGUGGAACCACACAGCACCUUUGAGACAGUCCGCAACGUCGUCAGAAAUGUAGCAACACAGCAAGGUCCUCCGUGCUUCAGAGGUGAAGGACGUCGUUACUUCCAUAGUUUCAGGUAUAAUCAUUCUGGACUAUUUGCUCCUUUGCGAGCAGAGCAGCCAGCUGCUCACCAGCUUCCAGGAUCUGCGGCAAGGAGAUUCUACCGCCGUGGUGAAAAGCCACCCAGUAGGACCCCGGACAGGAACCAAAAUAUACGUGAUCACAGACGUAGACUGCUUGCUGCUAAAUACGAAUUGAGGCGAAACCUUUACAAGGCCCUCUGCCGUGAUCCCGACCUCCCUAAUGCUAUGAGGGUAAAGCACCGUUGCAAGUUGUCGAAGCUGCCAAGAAACAGUUCCUUUACACGCGUGACAAACCGAUGCAUCUUCUCCGGCCGCUCCCGUGCCGUGUAUAAGAAGUUCAGAAUUUCUCGUAUCCUUUUCCGGACGCUGGCGAAUCAAGGCCAAUUGAUGGGCAUAAAGAAGGCAUCGUGGUAGGACACAAGAAGUAGCGUUAUGCUUUUGAUCAAAAUAACAAUGUACUGCGUCAAUCUGAGAUAGGAUGAAUCGAAGUGAUGAUUGUUUAUUUCGUCUGCGUUUUAUCUGGACUAACAUCAUAGGUAAGCAAUGGUGCUUCAUCAUUUCUUCUAGAGGCAAAAAAAUUGCAUGACAUCGAAUAUUGCCUCUUGUGACAUUGUAUUUAGCCUACACCUGUUUUGAAUUGAUAAAACAAUAAGCUGUUUUGAUUGUUUCGUAA